AUGAAGUCCCCCCGGAAAGGCCUUUGGGCGGCUCCUGUGCUCCUUCUCCUGCCCUUUUACACCUUGGCCUCUCCAGCCUACGAGGACCGGCCCCGUGCCAGGCCCUCCACAGGGCACACCUGCUUAGGCUGUGUGGUGGUGGUGUCUGUGAUUGAACAGCUGGCUCGCGUGCACAACGCCACAGUCCAGGCCUCCAUGGAGAGACUGUGCAGCUACCUGCCUGAAAAACUGUCCUUGAGAACCACCUGCUACUUAGCAGUUUACACGUUUGGACCAGAUGUCAUAAGACUGCUUAGUGCUGACAUGAAUGCUGAUGUGGUGUGUCAUGCAUUGGAGUUCUGUCAACGGGACCCGGGCCAAACAGUGUGUCAUCUCUACCCCCUUCCCAAGGAGGGGUGGAAGUUCACCCUGAAGAAGGCAAGACAGAUCGUCAAGAAAUCCCCAUCUCCGAAAUACAGAAGCAGUUCUGAUAUUUGUUCCCUCCCACUUUUGGCCAAGAUCUGUCAGAAGAUUAAAUUCACUGUGACGAAUUCUGUGCCGUUCCGAGAUGUCGAUUCAGACAAGCACAGUGCUUUCCCGACCCUGCGUGGCUACCACUGGCGGGGGAGAGACUGCAACGACAGCGAUGGGAUGACAUACCCAGGCAGAAGGCCAGACAACUGGGACGUUCAUCAGGACUCCAACUGCAACGGCAUCUGGGGUGUUGAUCCAAAAGAUGGAAUCCCCUAUGAGAAGAAAUUCUGUGAAGGUUCGGAGCCCAGGGGAGUCAUUUUGCUGGGAGACUCAGCGGGGGCGCACUUCCACAUCCCUCCGAAAUGGAUCACGGCCUCGCAGAUGUCCUUGAAAUCCUUCUCUGAUUUACCAAGAGCACUUACCGAUGAGCUCAACUGGCCCCAACUCUCUGGUGCUACUGGAUUUCUGAACUCCACUAGUGGAAUUAAAGAAAACUCUAUUUACCUUCAUUUAUGGAAAAGAAACCGCUGCAAUCACAGAGACUACCAGAAUCUUUCCAAAAACGGCGCAUCUUCCCAAAACCUGGAGAGACUUAUAGGAAGUCUGUCUAGGAACCCACUGUUGGACCAUCCAGCCAUUGUCAUAUACGCCAUGAUCGGAAAUGAUGUCUGCAACGGGAAGACUGACACAGUCCGAGCAAUGACCACUCCUGAGCAGUUCUACUCCAAGGUCAUGGAGACUCUGAAGUAUCUGAAUUCCCACCUGCCGAAUGGCAGCCACGUUAUUUUAUAUGGCUUACCAGAUGGGACCUUUCUCUGGGACAAUCUGCACAACAGAUACCAUCCUCUCGGCCAGCUGAACAAGGACGUGACCUACGAGCGGUUCUACUCCUUCCUCAGCUGUCUUCAGAUCAGCCCCUGCCACGGCUGGAUGUCUGCCAACCAGACCCUCCGGACCCUCACUUCACAGAGAGCAGAACAACUCUCCAACACACUGAAAAAGAUCGCCACCACCCAGAAAUUUACGAACUUCGAUCUUUUCUACGUGGAUUUUGACUUCCAAGAAAUCGUGAAGAAGUGGCAGGAGAGAGGCGGGCAGCCCUGGCAGCUCAUCGAGCCCGUCGAUGGAUUCCACCCCAACGAGGUGGCUUCGCUGCUGUUGGCAGAUAGCUUGUGGGACAAGCUGCAACUGCAGUGGCCCCAGGUCCUGGGGAAGGAGAAUCCGUUUAACCCCCAGAUUGAACAGGUGUUUGGAGACCAAGGGGGGCACUGAGUCCCUCAGGGACAUGCACUCCUGGAGAGCUUAGGGAAUCAGAAACUUGGAUAAACUUGUCCAACACACAGCUGUAGGGGCUGCUACAUCACAGGCUCAUGGGACUCUCCUUAGCCUCACCUUUGCAGUGUUUUUCUCGCCUGUAAGAGCAUAUCUGAAUGACAGCGUGCUUCUUUGAGCUUCUGGGGUCAGUUCCCGGGCAACUGACCCUCCUAAAACUUUAAUAAAGAGCUUUGGGUGCCAUUCCCAGCA